GCGGCCGAAGCGAUGACGGAGGGGAAACCGUACCGGUACGGCCUGAUAGUGGCGGGGCUGAGCGUGGCAGCAGUCGGCCUCUUCAUCAUGACGCAGGAGCGGCCCCACGUCUACGCCACCAUGUGCGCUCUGGGCAUCGUCAUGGUGUGUGUCGGGACCGCGUGGAGCCUGUGCCAGUGCUAUCCUAAGGUCAUUGUGGCUCCUAGGAACCAGGAGAAAAGCAGAGCAGAUCUAGUGCGCGCUGCAGCCGAAGGAAAAGAUGAAAGGUACUGUCCUGCACACACUCACACAGCGCAUCCUAAAUGGGCCACACACAAGUGGGUGCUCGUGGACGUCUUAAUGAUUCCCGGUGGCCUGUCUGUGGAUCUCAGAUUGCUAAGUGACCAUCUCGCUGUGGGUGAACAGUAGUGAUGUGUCUAGGAAAGGCUGGGAGGGUCGGCGCUGAUUCACUGUAGAUGCUCGUUUUAUUAUCUUCAAGUCUUUGCUUAAUGGAGAGAGGUUGUUAGAAGUGGAAGGCGGCUAAAAGGAGAGAUGUUGACCUAAAGGUCGUGACUGAAUGGGGCCGAUUAGCUGGAAACACGAGGACGCGAGGCCGUUAAUUGUUCCUUUGAUUAAAGCACUCGAGGCUCAUUUAUUAGGAGUGGCCAGUGGUUGGAGAGGGGUGUCGUGCUCGCGCGGCUCCGGCGCGAGUGAGUGUUUGUUAUUAAAUUAGCUUUCAGCAGCCAGAUAAAGAGGUGCGCGCUCAGCGAAACUUCGCCUCUGAAGCAAGAAGUAAGAAAAUGAGGACAAAAUGUUGGAGCACUACUUCUAUUUCUGUCCAUCCCCGCUACUCCCUGCUCCUCCUCCUCUUCCUCCUCCUCCUCCUCCCCCUCCUCCUCCCCCACCUCCCUCCUUUUCGAAUUCAUCUUAGGCGCGCUGAGGCUCUGCCAGGUUUUGGUGGCCAAAAGUCGGGGAGUAGCACACUUCUCCCCGAGGCCCUAAAGAGUCAGUGUCACAGCUGUCCAGCACUGCAUCUGGUCUGAGGGACGGACACCGCUGUCACAGGACACAUCACUGACACAAUGCUGCUCUCAGGACGGGGACGAGAGCCUCUGGUGCCGGCGUCGCACACACACAUGACGUUGUUUGUAUUAUUUUAUACAGGGAAAUAACUGACUAUGUAUUAUUUUGAAGUGGUUAAUAAAGCUGAAUAUGUGUUAUGUAUUGGUCCCAGAAGAUGGCACUAUUCACAAUAUGCCAAAGAAAGAAAGACUGAGAAAAUGUGUGAGUGUGUGUUCUUGUUUUUAUGCAGAAGUCAGUUGUUCAUUAAAUACUUUUGAGGACAUUCUAUCA